AUGCCAAAGUUCAAUAUUGUCGUCUUCGCUGGCGAUUAUGCUGGUCCAGAAGUCACGGCAGAAGCAGUCAAGGUGAUGAAAGUCAUCGAGAAAUGCGUACCAGAAGUCGAGUUUAAUUUCCAGGAGCACCUCUUGGGUGGCUGUUCAAUAGAUGCUACAGGGUCACCAUUGACGGAUGAGGCAUUGAACGCGGCUCAGAACGCUCAUGCUAUCUUGCUGGGAGCCAUAGGUGGACCAAAAUACGGCACAGGACCAGUGAGACCUGAACAAGGCCUCCUGCAACUCCGCAAAUCCCUCAACACAUUCGGCAACCUCCGCCCCUGCUUCUUCGCCUCCCCAACCCUCGCCGCCCGCUCCCCUCUCAAAGCCUCCGUCUGCGAAGGCGUAGACUUCACCAUCGUCCGCGAACUCACCGGCGGCAUCUACUUCGGCGAACGCACGGAAGCAAACCCCGCCGACGGCCCCAACGAAUUCGCCGAAGACCGUGAACCAUACUCGCGCGCUGAGAUUGAGCGAAUCGCGCGACUGGCUGCACAUCUGGCGUUGGCGAAGAACCCGCCGAGUAAAGUGUGGAGUUUGGAUAAGGCGAAUGUGCUGGCGACGAGUCGGUUGUGGAGACGGGUGGUUACGGAGGUGCUGGAGAGGGAGUUUCCGCAGUUGGAAUUUGAGCAUCAGUUGAUCGAUAGUGCGGCGAUGAUUAUGGUGAGUAACCCGAGGAAGUUGAAUGGGAUUGUUGUGACGAGCAAUUUAUUUGGGGAUAUCAUCAGUGAUGAGGCGAGUGUGAUUCCGGGUUCAUUGGGUUUGCUGCCGUCUGCGUCGCUAAGUGGAAUACCGGAUGGCAAGGGCUUGUGCAAUGGGAUAUAUGAGCCUAUACAUGGUUCUGCACCCGACAUUGCAGGUAAGGGCUUGGUCAAUCCUGUUGCUGCCAUUCUGAGUGUGGGCAUGAUGCUACUAUACAGUCUCAACAUGUCUAAGGAAUCAACACUGGUUGACCAAGCGGUGCGAUUUGUGAUUGAGGAAGGCUGCUGUACGAAAGACAUCGGUGGAAGCAAUUCGACGAGUGAGGUCGGAGACGCUGUGGCAAGGAAGUUGGAACAACUGUUUCAAGCUCAGUAA